UAGCGUCACCGGCGUUUGUAACCUACUUACAAUUACUACGACAGCUAACGGUUCGUACAGCUGUGGCUUUGCCAUCGUCUUUUCAAAUCGGCGCUUUGACCGCGCUCAUUAUGAAGUCCGAUGGAUUAUCAUGAAGGAAGAAAAUGGAGAAAGGAAAUGGAGAACUACAGCCUGAGGCAGAUGUAAAUGUUCCUGCAAUUGCUAGCAUAGGAUCUGAAGAAGUUAGUGGUAAACCAGAUUCUGGUACUGGCGAUGAUAACAAUAAUGAUGAUGAAGAAGAAGACGGAGACACUACCGAUGGAACACCAUUAAAUGUAGGGUCAACAGGUGUACAACUAACACAACAGGGAAGUAAAAGGAAACAUGUCCAGUCUAGGCGCAUGCAAGAGUAUCAACAAGAAAAGGCUAAUAAAGAUGUCCGUCCUUCCAAAAAAUGUCCAUUUUGUGGGCGCAUUCUAACUUCAGGUCCUGGGUAUCGAUAUCAUUUAAAAAAGCAUAGGCCUGAUAAUGAAAGCUACAUCUGUGAUAUGUGUAAAAAAAGUUUUAAAAGUGCUAAUGGCUUAAAAUAUCACCGUAAGCGGAAAAAGUGUCCAGGUGUUGGACAGGCAGCCUCUGGAACAACAUUACAAGGUCCUAGCUCAAACGAAGCAGUUAGCCAGAAUCCACCUACACUUAAGAUAGUUGAGUCUCCAGCAGAGAGACUCAUGGAAUUAGCUAAAAUAGCCACUGGGCCCCAAAGUCCACUUUUACAAAGUCCUGGGCCUGACAGUAGAGGCAGCGUUACACCGUCUUUCUUUGAUGAUUCUGAAACAUCUGCUGCAAUAGCACUCAGCAGUAUGAAGAAAAAGAACUGUUCAAGUGAAACAAAAAAAGUUCCUGAUUCUCUAGAACAAAAUUCUUCACUAGCAGUUGGUCAGAAACCUAAGAGACCAAUGAAUGGAUUCAUGUUGUUUGCUCAGCGUUUUCGAGCAGAAUUAAACAAGAGGCAUCCAGAAAUGAAUAACAGAAUGAUAAGUACAAAACUGAGUGAAGAGUGGAACAAGAUGCCUGAGUCUGAGAGACAAAAAUGGAAAGAUGAGGCAAGGCACAAAGCAGAACAGCAAAAAAAAGAACAUCCUGAUUGUUGGAAAAGGAAAAAGUGAUUGGCUGUAAAUAAAGUGCAUCCAGAUGGUCAAAAGUUCAUAAGCAUUUUUAAGGGGGAUUUUUUUUUAAUAGAAGGAGGAAUGGUUGUGAAUUAGCAUUUUAUUUGUUUUUUCAAUGAACUUGUUUCAAACUUUGUGCUACAGAUCUUGCAUUGUGUUUAUACUGAGAACUUGCACAAUUUCCUAGAAAAUAAAUACAUGUCAAGUUGUAAGUAAAAAAAAAAUAAUCUUAGCUACAAAACCUGCUAUUUGUUUACUUAUAAGAGCUAUCCAAAAUGAUUUUGUUGUAGUUUGUGAGUGCAUGCAUAUGCCACUUGAUAUAUUGAGACUAAUUGAUAUUCAGUGUGAGACAAAAAUUUUCUAAACAAAUAUUUGUUUGAUAUUAUGGUCUAGAUAAACAGGCCUACUUGUUCCAUUGAAUGCUCUCAGUGCAAACAUAGUGUUACAUUAAAAUGCACAAAACAACAAAAAACCAUGGAACUGUAAGGAAAAAAAACAUUAGUCAAUUUAUAUUUUUUAUAUACUAUGGAUAUUAAAAAUUAAUUUUGAUUAUCAGAAAAGCUGUAAAUGAUUUAUUUGAGAUAUUAUAUUUUACAAAUUUUUAUUAAAUUGCUAUUUAAAUAUUUGAAACUAAGCUGCAUGUGAUGAGUAUUGUUAUUAGUCACCUGAAAACUGAUUUUUAUUUCUGUAGAACAUCACACAUGAACUACAAUACAUAAAAAUAUUUUUUAAAUCAUAAAACUAGCUAUUAAAUCUCCAGUAUAUUGAAUUCAGAAACACUAAACAGAUACUUUUUCUUAAAUGACCAGAUUUAAGUGUUAUUUAUAGAGUUAAUUAAAUUGGCUGUGAAUAUCAACUAUAUAAUAGGGCAUAAUGUGAUUUUAAAGUGGGCAUUUAAUUUUUAAAAAUAUGUUUUACUGUGAAAUUUUAAUUUAAUUUUUAAAUGAAAAAGAAAGCAUUUGAAUUGAAAUUUCACUUUUAAUCUCAUAAACUUUAGAAAAAAAUGAAAACAAUAUUACUUAUACACCAAAAAGCAAUUAAAUGACCAGAUACAUAUAAAAUCUGGUUAACUUGAUUUGUGUUUAACUUGGAUUUGAAAAUUAAAACAUGUUUAAAUUAAAACCUUUAAUCAAAAUGCAAAUUAUAACAACAAAUCUUUAUGGUAACAUGACACUUAAGAUUUUACAGUGAUUACCCGUUUUUAAAAAAUCAGGUACAUUUUUUCAAGUAAUUUCUGAAAUUGUCUUCUUUAAACAUUUAUUGACACCUGGAAAUAAAUUUUUGAUAAUCUGAUGAACUCUAUAAAUUUUAAGACCAACCUUGUUAGGUAUGUUUGGUAUGGUUUUUUGUAUGAAUUUCAUGGUACACAUGCAUUAGCAUACUGGUCUAUAAUAUUUUCAGUGAAUGUUCUUGAAGUAUCUGCCAGAGGGUGGUGUACAACAUGUAGCUUUAUAUUGUAGUAAAGUGUUGUUAGCUCAAGGUCUUUUUUUUAUUACAAUACAUCACCAGUUUGUGAGCAUGUUUCAAACAAGCCUGUUUACUGUCACAGCUAAGCCAGACAUUUGGCAGGUGAGUUUCAUUUAUCUUGUCUUACUUGAUAUAAAGUGUUGAAUAAAUGUGUGAGCAUUCACACCAAUACCAGUGUUGAUUGUAUGCAUCAAGAGUGAAGCAUUGGUGUAAAACUUGAUAUAGCCUACUAAUUGGCAGCUUUAUUGAAAACCAAGAAUAACUGUACAGUUUUAUCUGCCACUUGGAGGAAAUAUUUUGAUAGUGUUUAUAUUAAUUAAAAAAACUAGUUGGAUCCAGGUUUCUACAGUAGUUAACUACUUUUAAAGUUAAAAAGACAGUCACUUUAUUUUAGACCUUGUUUAUUGUAAGCAGGGAUGUGAAUAUUUUUACCGCCUGGGUUCAGUUUGGUUUAGUUUGAUCUCAUGGAAAUACAUCAUAGCCCUUGAGUUGCGGGCAUUUUAUUCAGGAAUUUUACAAAUAAAAACAUUGUAUUCAUUUUGAUUUUAGGGCAACCAGUCCCAGUUUAAUUUAUUACUACUUUUGCUGGGCAAAUGUCUUUCAUGUGAGGCUUUAUAAAAUAUGAAUAAAGGAGUAUUGCUGAUAAAGCUGUAAGAAGUAUUCAAUUAAAAUCAUUUGGUUGUAAUCAAGGAUGAGUAUAGACUAUAAAGCAUUUUAACUGAUUUUUUUUAAAACACAUUUUACAAUUAUAAAAAAAAAAAUUGCAUAAUUGUUUGUUCACCUCUUUUGUACAGUUCACCAACACAAAACACUUUUUUCUGUUGUUAGAAUAAUUUUUCACCUUUUAGUAUUUAUUUAGUUUUCUUUCAGUUCUUUUAUAGACCAUCUCAAUUUUGACUAUAUGAAAUACCAAAACUUAUAGUGACCCAUGAUUUGAUAUGAGAUGUUUCAUUCAGACUAGCCAAGUGUGCCUUGCCACUAUCUACUUGAAAAAAAUUACUAGCUCAAGAUUUGAUUUGAAUAUUAUGAAUUCAGUUUAAUUCAUUUAGAGUUUAAAACAUGUGUACUUGUUUUGUUUUCUAAAUGUCUCAUGAAACUUCAGAUUAUCAUUAGAAGUUAUGUGUGUCUAAUAUAUUAGAGGAAAGAUAUUCACCUCUUUAAACCAGGUUGGUCAUUUAAUAAUAGGAAUAAAAGUUCAAUAAAUUUUAUAUUGUAAUUAUAAUCAAAUUGUUUUAAAACACAUUUUAAAAUCCUCUACACAAAAUUUUACCAAAUGACCAAUGUAAAUAAGGGUGUAAAAGAAUUUUUGGAUUUUUAAAGCUGUUUAUUUAAUUAAAUUCUUUCCAGCAAGCAGUUUGUUUCAUUAUGAUACAGAAUUGAAUAUUCCUUCUCCCCACUCAUAAAUUAGAAAUUCAUUUAAAUUUGAACCAGCUACUCAAAUAAACCCUUCAUAGAUGGAGUAUAUACCAUAAAAUGCUUGAUUGUUCAAUUAUAAAGGUUAUAAAGGCAAUAUAAGGCCUCCACUUCUGAAUUUGGACUACAUCUUUAAUCGUUCCUUUUGGCAAUUCAUUCCAUAUUGUGUUGUCUAACAGUUUAUAUUCUUUUCCAAAUUGUUUGAUAAAAUUACCCAGUGAAAAGCAUAAUUGCACAAGAAUGUAUUGUGAAUCAACUGAUAGCUACAAUAGACAAAAAAUAUUUUUGAAAACUUGUUCAACUUUAAAGAAUUAUUUCUCAGAUGUGUCAUAAUAAUUUAUUUCUUUGAUUUACAUUGUGAUUUUUUUUUAAAAUUAUUAUUUUCAUUAAUUUGCAUUAAAUUUACAUUUUUUAAAAACUUGUAAGGUGAUUGAUUGGCAUUAUGUUAAUAAUUAACGAUUGAUUCAUGUACAUGCAUAGUUAAUAUUAAGUACAUAAAUCUUUUAUUCCAAUUAAUACUAUGAAAUUAACAAAUGCAGUUAAAAAGGAAUUAUCUUAGAACCUCGUUAUUAACAUUUCAUUUCUUUGUUUUGAUAUUCAGUGUCUUUCUGUUAAGGGUAGCUUGAAACAAUACAAUCAAGUUUUUUUCUAAGUUUGUGCAUGUCAACUACACCUACACAUUUUAUUUAUUAGUUCAUUUGCAUUGAUUUAAAGCCAAUGUUUUUCUGUGAUUGUCUCUUUGGUUUAAAAUGUUUAUUUCAAGCAGUAUUUCUUUUAUUAUAUUUUCUUUUGUUUUGUUGUUUCAAAUUUUAAAAAAAUGGAAGUAUGUUUGAUUAUAGUCAGAUUAAAUAUCUCUACCAACAUUUUAUAUUGAAUAUGAUAUGAAAAUAAUUUCUUGUUUUUGUUAGAAAAGCUUUUCCUAUGUUGUAAAAACAAUCCAUUAAUCUUUGAUGUUACCAAACCAAAAACCUUCAUAUUUUUAACAAAUCAUGUUUUUAUUUACAUCAAUUGAAGCUUUAUCAUCACAUGAAAAAGCAUUACAUUCUAUAUUCAUCCUUUACCAGUAUGUAUGCAUUUAUCUAUUUAUAUAAUUAGUAGCUGAAGAAUAAUUUUCACACAUUUGCUUUGGUUGUAAUGCAUCUCCUGACAUGUUUGAAAUGACAUUAGACGGAGGUCAUGCCUGUUUGAUUGGUUGGACAAACUAUUCCCAUUUUGUUAAAUUUAUUGAUAAUGUAAUAAAAGUAUUUGACGCA